ACGAGAAGCCCCAACACCGCAACGAACACAGAUUAAUGGCUAUAUCAAUGCUCCAGGACGCACAGACACGAAGCCUAGCUGCUGCUUUAGCGGGAAUUAAAAGGGAGGAGGUCGCUGCAGACCGCUCCAUGUCACUGUCGCCUCCCAUGUCGGCCAACACGUCAGCCAGCAGCGCCGCGGCCAUGUACCCGGGAAUGGGUCUACAACAGGCGGCCGCUGCAUCAGCCUUCGGCAUGCUCUCACCCACCCAACUGAUGGCUGCUAACCGCCAGGCGGCUGCUUUUAUGGCCCAGCUUCCAAUGAGCACAUUGGCCAACACACUGUUUCCCCACAACCCGGCGGCUUUGUUUGGAGCUUGGGCCGCCCAGCAGUCGCAGAUGCCACCCCAGGGCACGCAUAUGCAUUCCCCGCCCGCCAGUCCGCACUCGCCCGUGCCCACUACACCUUUGGGCAGUGGCAAGCAUCCGUUGACCUCUCCCAGCAGUACACCACAGCACCGUGAGCCAGUGAAGAAAUCUCGCAAGUUAUCGGUAAAGAAGGAGUUCCAGACGGAAAUCACCAUGAGCGUGAAUGAUCUCUAUCACACACCGGGUGGACCCAUUUCUCCGCCAUCCAGCGGCAGCUCGCCCAAUUCCACACACGAGGUGGGAAGCGUCGGUGCGGGAGUUACCGGCGUCGCAUCCAAAGAUCCCUCUCGCGACAAGAGCUUCACCUGCAAGAUCUGCUCUCGCAGCUUUGGAUACAAGCACGUCCUGCAGAACCACGAACGUACGCACACCGGCGAGAAGCCUUUCGAAUGCCCAGAGUGCCACAAGCGCUUCACCCGAGACCAUCAUCUGAAGACCCACAUGCGUCUGCACACCGGAGAGAAGCCAUAUCAUUGCUCCCACUGCGAUCGCCAAUUCGUGCAGGUGGCCAAUCUUAGGCGUCACCUGCGCGUUCACACUGGGGAGCGUCCGUACACUUGCGAGAUCUGCGACGGUAAAUUCAGUGACUCCAAUCAGCUGAAGUCCCAUAUGCUGGUCCACAAUGGCGAGAAGCCAUUUGAGUGCGACCGGUGCCAUAUGAAAUUCCGUCGGCGUCACCACCUGAUGAAUCACAAGUGUGGCAUUCAGUCGCCACCCACUCCGGCCCUCUCACCUGCAAUGAGUGGAGACUUUCCCAUGGCAGUCACCUCUAUGGCUCUGGAGCCAUCAGCCAAUAAAUUUGCGGCUAUGUGUGCAAGCUAUGGGGGCUCUGACGAGUCGGUUGAUCUCGAAAAGGGUUCUUUGGACGACGAGGCUCCAUUGGAUUUGUCUGAGGACGGCGCCAGCUCAGUAGAUGGCCACUGCAGCAGUAGCAUGGCCCGUCGAAAGGCCCAGGAUAUACGCCGUGUGUUUCGUCUACCUCCUCCCCAGAUAAUCCAUGUCCGCAGCGAAAUGCCCGAGCAAACCGAGCCUGAGGAUCUCAGCAUGCACUCGCCCCGCUCCACCGAAUCACAAGAACAAAACGAGGAUAUUGAUUUGGACGAUUUGGAUGAUGCCGCUGCUCUAUAUAUGCGCCAGAAGAGGAAGCGGCUAAGAGAACUCCAACGCCAACGCCAACGCAAAAGCAAAAGAAAUGAGCCAGUACCGCCCAUGCAACAGUAA